CUACUUUCUGACGUUACAUUGUCGACUCCCAAAAACGACACCGUGGUAGACAGGUAGUGUCAUUUUGACCGAGUGGCCUCCUCGUUCUUCCCCCAAAACCCCGGUCCCCGGCGCCUGUCUCCACACCCACCCUCACACCGGUACUUGAGGUACACAUCCGUUUAUCUUUCUUCCACAGCCGGUCGCUUUUUUACUCCGUCACCGGCAAACGUCAUCAUCCUCCUUUCCGUCUUAGGGUUUUUACUAUCUUCGCUAAAACCCUCCUCCCCCGCUCCAUAACCGUUUCGCGGGAAAACAAAGUCCAAUCUUAGAAAGAAAUACUCACAUACGUCAUACGGAGAGUUAAAAAUGGUUGAGAAAUCGGGUAAGCGGAAAAAGUGCUCCGUCAGUGAAGAAGAUAUCUCUACUCUUCUACAGAGGUACAACGCGACGACAGUGCUGGCAUUGUUGCGAGAGGUGGCGCAGGUUACGGAGGUGAAAAUCGAUUGGAAUGAGUUGGUGAAGAAGAGCAGCACUGGGAUUACAAAUGCUAGGGAGUACCAAAUGCUGUGGCGUCAUUUGGCUUAUCGCCAUGGAUUGGCUGAUAGGCUGGAUGACAGUGCAUUACCUCUGGAUGAUGAUAGUGAUUUAGAAUAUGAAUUGGAAGCUUCUCCAGCAGUUAGCAGUGAAGCUUCAGCAGAGGCUGCUGCAUGUGUGAAGGUCUUUAUUGCUUCUGGGGUGCCAAACGAUUCCUAUUUGUCAAAUGGCACAAUUGUUGAGGCUCCAUUGACUAUAAAUAUUCCCACUGGGCAAACGUGUAGGAACCCUUCAGAUAAUUGUUACCAAAGUAUUUCGCAAGGGACAAAUAUUACAGUUCCAGUUUUUGUGCAAAAGCAACCGCUUCCCAAUGUCGCAUCAGCUGAGGGGUUAGAUACCAAUGGAGCAUCAAAUGCAACCUUGCCUCCUCGUCGAAAAAGAAAACCAUGGUCUGAAGCAGAGGACUUGGAACUUAUUGCUGCGGUUCAAAAAUGUGGUGAAGGAAAUUGGGCAAAUAUCUUGAAAGGGGAUUUUAAGGGUGACAGAACAGCUUCACAGCUUUCUCAGAGGUGGGCAAUUAUUAGGAAGCGACAAGGCACCUUGGUUGGGAACAGCUCACAACCCACAGAGGCUCAAUUAGCAGCUCGUCGUGCAAUGUCCCUGGCUCUUGAUAUGCCUAUGGGUGAUAAUUUGAAAGCAGUUUGCUCAAUCAAUACUGCAGGGGCAAACACAAAUAUCUCACCUGGUAACCCUGCUAAUCCUCCUGCUGCGGAGACUUCAUUUGUUGGUACCCAAUCCCAGAAUCAUCUGGGUCAGCAACAAGACUCUGGAAUGGCGUCACAGAAGCCAGGAACACUGGGACCUUCAAAAGCACGAGUGCCUCCAAAAAAGCCACCGACAAAGACAACCCUCAGCCCAGAUUCAAUGGUCAAAGCAGCUGCAGUUGCUGCUGGGGCUCGCAUUGCUACCCCUUCAGAUGCUGCAUCACUGCUUAAGGCUGCACAGUCUAUGAAUGCUGUCCGUAUAAUGCCUGGAGGAGGAGGCCCUAUGGUUAAACCACCUGCUGUUGGUGCAAAUGCAUUACCCAGUAAUGUGCACUUCAUUCGUACUGGUUUAUUGUCUCAUUCAAAAACACUGCCGAAUGCCACGCGAACUGGACCUCAGCCAGUUCAAGGCCACUCCGCAAAACCUGCAUCACAAAUAGUUCAGUCUAACCUGUCUAGUACUACUAUCUCAGGACCCAAAGCUUCAAAUGAGGUGCCAAAUGGUACAAACUCUAGUCUAGCUGCUGAGCUUGAUGUAAAAACCGUUGAAGAUGCUGUUAUCUCAGGACCAAAAGCCUUGGCUGAGGUGCCAAAUGGUACUAACUCUACUUCAGUGUCUAAGGUGCCAAAUGGUACCAACUCUACUCCAGCAUCUGAGCUUGACACAAAAACUGCAAAGGAUUCUGUUAUCUCUGGCUCGGAAACUGUAAUGGAAAAGCCAGCCAAAGAGAGUCGAGCACCUGGCCCAUGCAAUUCCCCUGAAGGCAAUAAAGCUGCUUCCACCAAAGAAGUGCCAUUGGAGUUGGCCCAAGUGGACCAAACUGCUAUUCCAGCCAAAGAGAAGAUUGAAGAAACUUGUUUUUCAGGUGAUGCACCAAAGGAGAAUGGACAAAGGGAUCAAGCCUCUGUUUCUACAGCUAGUGCUGCAAACAUUUGUGUUCAAGAAAAGCAAAUCAACUCUUCAUCAACGACUGAUGUAACUACAGUCAAAUGUUCUGCUAAUGACCGCAACCAGGCUGAGGUUGAGUGUGCAAGCUCAAAUGACAACAGUGCAAUAGUUUCACCAGUUGGGAACACUAGCAAGGAGAUGAAUGAAAAGCAACCCGCAAAUAGAAAUCAAAUAGACCCGUCGAGUAUGGCUGUGGAUGGGGCUGAUGAGGAAGUAACUUGAAGAGAGAAUACUGGAGAGUAAUGGCGUUCUCUUGGUCCUCCAUUGUACGUAUUGUUUGAUUCUCAACCACUGCAGUAUACCCAAACACCCCCCACCUUCCUUCCCUGUUUGCCAUUUCUUUUCUCUAUAUAGGUUUGUAGAUGUAGCACGCAAAGAAAGGUAUACAGUGUUUAUAUAUCUGUAUGGCCUGUGUAAACUAAUAUUUUUUUUAAUUGUUUCUGUAUGGAUGGUUAAAUAUGUUAAUGAGCUAUAGUGA